AUGGCGGCACCCAACAACAGCAACAACGCAACGCCAAAAACCGGAACCCUAGGCGUAGGUCUAUCCCCUACUCCGCCCAAGUCCCAACGCGGCCACAACAAGCCCAAGUGCAAACAGUGCGGUAAUGUCGCUCGUUCAAGGUGCCCCUAUGAAUGUUGCAAGAGAUGCUGUUCUAGAAAUCAAAAUCCCUGCCACAUCCAUGUUAAGGGGAUGGAAUUUGUUUCUUUUGUUGUUGUUGACUUGUUGGAGUUAUCACUGCGGGCUAAUGGAGUGGAGCAGCACACUGCCACUCCUUGUAGGGCUGUUAUGAAGAGUUCCUGGCCUUUGUCUUCGAGCAAGGCAACCUCUUUGGCUCUUGGGUUCCUUAACCAAUAUUUGGAGUUAGAUUCCCAGCUUGGAGAUGGAGUCACGACUAGAGGGAUCAGUUUACCCAAUAAUGGACAGACAGAAAAUGGAGUGAGGAGGGGCUGGCUGAUGUCUUUUUCAUUCUUGGUUGAGUUGGUGCUGGGCCUGCACUGCAUAUUAGACCACCCUCCAACCAAAACUGUCUGGUCACUGCUGAAUCGCUGGAAUCUUGGUUUUGAGGUUGAAUUGGACUAUUCUGCCACAACUGGGUCAGUGUUAAAAGCUAAUUCAACUUUUCCCGACAAGACACCUUCUUCUGGUACCUCUGCACUUGAUCACCAACCCUUAGAACCACCUCAAUCAACAAGUGCCGGAAGAGUUGCAUCACUUCGACAACUUUCCAAUAGUUUUGCUCAGUUCAAUAAUUUACACCUUUCACUUCGUUCAAAGAAGCCACUGACUAGAAAGGAUGCUGCAGCUAUCAACGAAUGGAGAUUUGCCAAGUUAAAGGAAUACAAGGAACGAAAUGUUGAAGUGGAAAAUGAAGCUUUUGACAGAUACAUGAAGAAUGUAGAUUUACUGGAAGAAGUAUUAGCUGUGAAGCCUUUGGACGAUGAUGUGUCCUCUGCAUUGGAGUCUAAUCCUACUCCAAUGGACAACAAUGAGACAAUGAUCCCUGGGUUAAAAUUGCAGCUAAGAUCAAACUCUAUGAGAAGUGAUGGUUUGAGAAUGAAAAUACAACAAAUUGUAGAUGAGGGAUUAAAGAAGCUUGAGAGAAAUGCAGUAGAUGGUGGCAUGAAUGAAUCAAUUGAUGAUGAAGAUAAUAAAGCUUCAAAAAGGGGAAAGGGGAUGGAAAGGUUAACAGCUGUAAGUGAUCUUAUGGAUAAAAUUAACAAAGCACGAAGUGAGGAGGAUUUGAAGUCGUGCUUAGAGAUGAAGUCCCAACUAUUCAAUUUGGACGAAGGCUCUAGCGUGGUAGAUCUUAAAGACAAUGAAGUUAUUGAGAAUCAAACUACUGAAAGGGAGGUGGUACCAGCAAAAGAAUUGGAUUAUUCAUUACCGAAAUUUGUUACCACCACCGAAAUUGAUCAAGAAACUCUCAGCAGCAUAGAUAUUCACUUGUCUUCCCUAGAAGAUGUAGAGCAGUUAUGA